GUUCGGUGGAAGUGACUCCUACCCCGUCUCGCUAUCCCUUCGAGACCCGCUUUUUUCCCGCGCGACGAACUUCCGACCCGCGUCUACCUCAACGUUUCAAUCACACCGUAAACUAAACCUUUCAUAUUAACUGGUGGAUGGUAAAUUUUCUGUGAUCUGAGUGCUCGAAUUUUCGAACCGAUCAGGGAGGGAUCGUGGAUUGAGAUUUUUAGUCUUUAACGCCUGUUUAGUAAUUAGUUUUGUCUGCUCAACAACCUAGAUUUUUAGUCGUCGAAAAAUCCUUGUUUUCAGUGUUUAAAACCGCGGUUCCAGCGAUCAGAAUUUUUGGAUUUCUUCAGCGCAUCAAAUAGAGAUUGAAAAUUGGGUUAUCCGAGACCCCCGGCUUUUCAAUGGUUUUUCUUGUUGUUUCCGGGGUUUACUCGGUAGUGCAACUCUAUUGAACUAAUCUAGAAAGCAAAAGCUCGUUAAUUUUUCGAAAUUGACUCAAGGAAAUGCAUUUUGGACUGGGAUUUUCGCCUGGAUCCGGUGGAAUGAAAUGUCACUAGCGCUCGGCGUCAGUCGCUUGGUUCAACAAGUCCCGCGAAAAAUCGCGGGAUCCGAGAAUUUUUCCGGGAUGGAAAAGGCAAAAGCACCGGACUUUUCGCUCUCCAAAGGCUUUUGACAGCCCGGUUUCCGGAAAAUGCGGGCAGUCACCGGGAGUUCCGGGAACGUAGCCUCGAUUCCGCACCCAAGGAAACCUAGCCCGGUGAGAGUGUUUACCCGAUCGAGAAGUGAACUGCAUUAAAUCGUUUUAAAAGCUUUUUCCCGGAAAAGUGUCCGCCGGAAAAUCCGGAAAAGUGUCCGCCGGAAAAUCCGGAAAGUGUCGUCACGUUCCAGUGUGAACCGAGUGCAUAAUGAAUCGGCUAUUGGUUGAUGUACCUGUGAUUUUGCUACGGAAUAACUACCAGAGGUGCAUCCACGGUCUCAAGGUCCUAUGGUUCCUCAGCCUUUUUGCCUCGUUUUCUUGCCAAGCAGGAGUGGGCGAUUUAACAGGUGUAACGAUAGCGGUGCCUGCAGCUGUGGCGGUAGGCGAAACGGCGACUCUACAUUGCGACUAUCAACUAGAGACGGACCAUCUGUACACGGUCAAGUGGUAUAGGGGCCGCCAGGAGUUCUUUUGUUUCAUCCCCAAAGAGCUCCCCAAUGUUAAGGUCUACCCGGAAGCCGGCGUGAGUGUAGACGUGAGCCUGUCCGGCGCCAAGCAGGUGGUGCUGAAGGACGUGAAAAUGGAGCUGGCCGGCAAGUACCGCUGCGAAGUUUCCGCCGACGCCCCGUCCUUCCACACAGUCAUGGUCUCCGCGCACAUGCACGUUGUUGCGCCGCCGAGCCAGGGACCGGAGCUGAAGGUGGAGCGACCCCGCUACAACCGAGGCGAGACGCUCAGGGCUAAUUGCACCGCCCAUCCCUCAAAUCCAGCGGCUAAUGUAACCUGGUCGCUCAAUGGAGUUCCGGUGACGAGCUCGGACAAGGUGACGUCGCUGCAGGAGAAGGACGAGGCCCCGAGCGAAGACGGGAUCGAGCGGUGGACGACGGUCUCGUAUCUGGAGGCGCUCAUCACCAACUUCCGGCUCGGGCGACUCCGCGUCCAGUGCGAGAGCGACGUCUACGGCGUCUUCAAGCGGAGCGCCCAGCUCCAGCUCGACGACUCCCCCGGACCCAUGGUCUCCUCCGUCCGCGGAUCCCUCGACUCCUCGGACUCAGCUGAGGCCUCGUUCAUCAGCAGCAGUUGGAUUAGGGCAGUCAUCGUAGGAACGGCCGUGGCGCUCGUUAGGUAGCAUUUGACCGUCUAAAACGUGAUAAUCGAAAAACAGAGCUUCCCAAAUGAGUAAACAGUGUUAAUACUUGUUCCAUUUUUAUUGUUUAUUUUUUAAAUCCAUACUCCCACGCACCGGGCUCACCUCGCCCGGUGUCUGAGCCCCGCGCGAUUAUCACCGCUCCACCGAUGGAAGAACCCAACUCGAUUAUCACUUGAGCCCCCGGAAUCACUGAGUCUCUUGGACACGAGGGUUCAUGUCAAAACGCAGUUGGGUUUUUUCGUCGCAAGGGCGGGGUUAUGAGAUAAUCCGACGCGAGCAUAUUUGCACGGGACACUUUUGUAAACAUAUUUAGAUGUACGUCUCGUGGCGAGUGGACUGCGGACACUCUAGUCGAAUUUGUAAAUAUUUUGUUGGUGAUACCUGUCUAAACUCCUUUGUUAUUUGCUGUUCUUGUUAUAUGCAGAUUAUUCACCUCCGUGUAGAUUAUCGAAUUUCUGUUCGAGUUUUAUUUUGGUUCUCCGAAUUUUUUUUCUGGUACAAUCAAAUGCUUUCAAUAAAUUGUAUCUCUUUGUA